AUGGCUCGUCGAUUUAUAUGGCGGCUCUCUUUUGUUCUAUUUGCGAUCUUCUUGAUUCUCUCGCCAGCAGUCACCGUUCGUGCUGAGGAGGAUGACGAAGAUGCGAACGCCGCUGCCGACGCCGUAGCGGCUGACGCCGCUGCAUCGGAGAUCGUGGCGACGGAGGAAGAGGAGGUGGAGGAGGAGUUGCCGCGUCUUGUCCCGGCCGAUGGAGUCGAAGUCAAAUCUAUUCUUCCAAAAUUCUUCAACAAGGAGCCGGUUAUCCACGCUGGUCAGGAAGCCGAGCUGCUCUUUUCAAUCAGCAACAACGGUCCGAUCCCAGUGUUCAUGGGUAACGUCACUGGUAACAUCUACGUGCCGUUCGACUUCCGAUACGUGGUGCAAAACUUCUCUUCCGACUCGUACAACGUCACCAUCCCUCCGGGUGUGCAGACCUCCUUCUCCUUCCACUUCACGCCAGAGAGGUACCUUCAGCCGCGCGACUUCGGGCUGGCCCUCGCUGCAUUUUACAUCGUGGGCGACUCUCUCCACGCGUCUCUCCUCAUCAACCGCACAGUGGAGGUGCUGGAGCCGGUGGGGUACGUGAGCGGCGAGUCGGUGUUCCUCGUGCUGCUCGCCGCAGGGUUGCUCGCGCUGCUGGGCGUGUGGGCGUACGGGCAGGUCACCAAGAUGAAACAGAAAUCCCGCCGCACUAAGAAGGUUGAGACGGGCACAGCGGGCGACACUGGUGCCGAGACCAACGAGUGGCUCCAGGGUACUUUCUUCGAGCAGCACAACAAGCAGCAAGUCAAGUCUCGAAAGAAGCAGAAGUCACGGGCGUUUCCCUUCGUGGCGCGCGUUUCCCUUCGUCACGCGCGUUUCCCUUCUUCACGCGCGUUGCCCCUCGUCACGCGCGUUUCCCCUCGUCUCGCGCGUAUCGCUUCGUGGCGCACAUUUCCGAAUCUCGCGCACGCGCCUUCUCGUCACGCGCGCUUCCCCGCGUUGCGCGCUCUCCUCCCCUCGUCACGCGCGUUUCCCCUCCGCCCUGCUUCCCCCCUCCCUAUGCCCUGCUUCCCCCUCCCUAUUCCCUGUUUCCCCCCUCCCUCCUCCCUGCUUCCCCCCUCCCUCCUACCUGCUUCCCCCCUCCCUCCGCCCUGCUUCCCCCCUCCCUCCUCCUUGCUUCUCCCCUCCCUCCUCCCUGCUUCCCCCCUCCUUCCUCCCUGCUUCCCCCAUCCCUCCUCCCUGCCUCCUCCCUCCCACCACCCUGCUUCCCCCCUCCCUAUGCCCUGCUUUCCCCUCCCUAUUCCCUGUUUCCCCCCUCCCUCCUCCCUGCUUCCCCCCUCCUUCCUCCCUGCUUCCCCCCUCCCUCCGCCCUGCUUCUCCCCUCCCUCCGCCCUGCUUCCCCCCUCCCUCCUCCUUGCUUCUCCCCUCCCUCCUCCUGCUUCCCCCCUCCUUCCUCCCUGCUUCCCCCAUCCCUCCUCCCUGCCUCCUCCCUCCCACCGCCCUGCUUCCCCCCUCCCUAUGCCCUGCUUCCCCCUCCCUAUUCCCUGUUUCCCCCCUCCCUCCUCCCUGUUUCCCCCCUCCCUUCUCCCUGCUUCCCCCCUCCCUCCUCCCUGCUUCCCCCCUCCCUCCUCCCUGCUUCCCCCCUCCCUCCGCCCUGCUUCCCCCCUCCCUCCUCUUUGCUUCUCCCCUCCCUCCUCACUGCUUCCCCCAUCCCUCCUCCCUGCCUCCUCCCUCCCACCGCCCUGCUUCCCCCCUCCCUAUGCCCUGCUUCCCCCUCCCUAUUCCCUGUUUCCCCCCUACCUCCUCCCUGAUUCCCCCCUCCCUCCUCCCUGCUUCCCCCCUCCCUCCUCCUUGCUUCCCCCCUCCCUCCGCCCUGCUUCUCCCCUCCCUCCGCCUUGCUUCCCCCCUCCCUCCUCCUUGCUUCUCCCCUCCUUCCUCCUUGCUUCUCCCCUCCCUCCUCCCUGCUUCCCCCAUCCCUCCUCCCUGCCUCCUCCCUCCCACCGCCCUGCUUUCCCCCUCCCUAUGCCUUGCUUCCCCCUCCCUAUUCCCUGUUUCCCCCCUCCCUCCUCCCUGUUUCCCCCCUCCCUCCUCCCUGCUUCCCCCCUCCCUCCUCCCUGCUUCCCCCCUCCCUCCACGCGCGCAAUAUCUGAAACACGCCUGCGCGCCAAAUAA